CCAAAGCUUUUAGGAAAUCAAACAACAUCGUAACUACGGCAUAUGCACGACUAGGAGGCCUGCUCCCUCUCGGCCCUGAUAGAUGACGGCUUUUAUCCGCUAGGACUUGAUCGAAGAAAUUAUCGAAGGAGAUACUUGGUCGCUUUUGCCGCACGACCUGCCAAGCAAAGCAAAGCCAAAGCCACUUUUGCCCCGAAAUGGCUUCAUCUGCUAGCCACCACUACGAGAGUCCGCAGAUCGAGGACGACGACCUGAUCGAUCCUGACGAUGCGGACCUCAACGACUUCGACGACCCCCUCUCGCAAGCGGAAUCGCAGCGCGCGCCGCUAACCGGGAACAUCGGGACCUCCUCCUCAGCAGCGGCAGCAGGUGGUGGUAGCGGUUCGCGGCCCGUGGACGGGAACUACCUGAGCUCGCGCAUCGGCGGCGAGGACCGGCGGGCGCCGCAGAACACGAUCGACGAGAGCGUGUGGGAGACGGUGCGCCGGGACCUGCUGGCGGUGUGGUCGAAGAUGCGCGAGGUGCUGUACCCGCGGUACCUGUUCGGCGGCACCAUGUUCGAGAGCGCCGAGGGCUUGCGCGGCGCGUACGCGAACCUGCGCGGCGCCGGGCUCGGCGCCGCCCGCGACGAGCUCGCCGGCCUCGCCGGCCGCGUACUCGAUCCCGAAAGCUUGCUCAACCAGAAUAACAUGAGCCCCGGGCUGCGCGACUGGGAUAUGUGGGGGCCUCUGAUCUUUUGUUUGUUGCUUGCUCUGUUUCUGAGCUUGCGCGGCAAGGAGGAGCAGAAGGAUAUUGUGUUCAGUGGCGUUUUUGCUAUUGUGUGGAUUGGUGAGGCCGUGGUUACGCUGCAGAUUAAGCUGCUCGGUGGGAAUAUCUCGUUCGCGCAGAGCGUGUGUAUCAUCGGAUAUACCCUGUUCCCGCUGGUCAUCGCGUCCGUGAUGUCGGCCUUCGGAUUACCCACGAUCGCCCGAAUUCCUGUAUACCUCGUAUUGGUGGGCUGGUCGCUAGCCGCGGGCGUUAGUAUACUGGGCGGCAGCGGCGUCGUCAAGAACCGAGUUGGCAUCGCCGUGUACCCCCUAUUCGUCUUCUACCUCGGGCUGGGAUGUCUAUGUUUCAUCAGCUAGACUUUUCACGAAGAACACCGGAUCAUGGAGGCGGAUGAGUGAGAACGAAGUCAAAAGUCAGACGGGUCGACCUUUGACGCGAGGGUAAUUUGCAUUGGACCGGCGUGCGGCAUGUUAUAAUUGCGUGUUUAUAUUCUACGCUUGCUUGUACUCUAGAUGUCACUGUAUGGUCAAGAUAUUCGAAAUAUGGCACGUGUAUUGCCGUUUAACUUCCA